AUGGGGCGGCAUCCGCUUUCGUUGCUGAUAGUGGUACUAUCGAUAAUGCUGCUGCCGUACGGAUACACCUGGAAGGAAUAUCGGAUACGCAGAAGCAUCGACCUGUCCGCUGCGAAUCCCCUCAUAUCCGAUACGAAGCUGCCCACCGAUCUGGUUCCGUCGGGUUACAGUCUCUUCCUACACCCAACGCUCGAAAAGUCCACCUUUGCCGGGCGCGUCAACAUCACGAUGAUGUGUGCGAAAUCUACCAAUCGGAUAACGCUCCAUGCCCACCACGACCUCGUGGUGGAUGAGCUGGACCUGGAGGUAGUGCAGAUCGGUGUUGACAGCAAGAUCCCGAUAAGGCGGGUGGAUCGAGUUCCAAAAAAACCACUGCUGGUAAUUUACUUCCACGACGACCUGGCGGUUGGGGUCGCUUAUGAGGUACGCCUGAAGUUCAACGGUAACAUUUGGGAGAAUGUGGAAGGCAUCUUUGAAGGCAGGUAUAAGCAGCAGUCCAACGGUGGUGGAGCUGAUGCGGCCGGUACGGAAUCCGAGGGCGUGAUAGAGGCCGAAGAACACACAUACGUUGGUACGUACUUCCGGCCGCAUAACGCACGCCGCGUUUUUCCCUGCUUCGACGAGCCCGCGUACAAGGUGCCGUUCAACGUCAGCAUCGUACGUCCGAGAACGCACCACGUGCUGUUCAACACCGAGCUGGAGCGCACGGAAGACCUGUCGUCCGCCGACUCGAAGCACGUGAUCGACGUGUUCAAGCGUACACCGCCGAUGUCGACCUUCACGUUUGGCUUCCUGAUCUCCGACCUGCAGGAAGUGCCGUCCAUGUCGGACGAGAAGGACGACGAGCGCACGAUGCCAGCGGUCCGUAUCUGGGCGCGACGUGACUUCCAGAAAAAUGUGGCCGAUGUGCAGCAGCGGGUCAAGCUGGCGCUUAGAAAGCUCCAGCAAUACUGGGGCGUACAGCUCCCGCUCGAGAAGCUGGACGUGGUGGCACUGCCGGGAUUCUCGUACGUCAAACCGGCAGACAACUGGGGUUUGAUUGUGUUCAAAGAGAGUGAGCUGAUGAGAGGAUACUACAACCUUGCUCAGGAACUCGUCUACCAAUGGCUAGGCUCGUGGAUCACUCCGCACUGGUGGAGCGAUGCGCACGUGAACAAAGCUAUUGCAGGGUUCCUCUCGGCAGACACCGCCAUCAAAAUCGAUGGUGGUGAUGAGUUCGAGGGCAAAUACCCAAUGACCAUCCUGUACUCGAUCUACUACGAGUUUAGCAAACGCUACCCACAUUCGCGCAUCACCGCUAUGAAGCAGGAGACGACGUGCAGCAAAACAGAGCUAGUGUUGCGUAUGCUCAACUACACGCUCGGCGAGGAUACGUUCCGACGCGGCAUGCAGAAGUUCAUCCAGCAUCGCGAGUACAAAACGUUCUACGGUGAUGACGUAUGGGAAGCGCUCACCAAGCAGGCCCAUCUCGAUCAGCGGCUGUGCGAAUCGGUCACGGUGAACGAUGUCGUCAACUCGUGGAUUACCAAAGACCGCAUUCCGAUGGUGAAGGUGGUACGGUCGUACGAGAACCGUUCCGCCACCAUCACGCAGCGGCUAUAUUUGCGCGAGCGUCCGCAUGAUGUGCCGGAACAGGAUAAGAUGCUAUGGUGGAUCCCGAUCGUGGUUGUGGCGCAGGAUCGUUUAAACUUUGCCAACAUCAGCACGGUGAAAUGGAUGAAGCAGGUGCGCGAGGUAAAGCUGGAGGAGCUGCCCGGACCGGAUGAGUUUAUCAUCGUCAAUCCGGAGGAGAUUGGACCGUUCCCGGUGAACUACGACGAGCGCAACUGGAACCUGCUCGCCACCUUCCUGCAGAAGGACGAGAGCCGAACUAAAAUUCCCGUCUACACCCGAGCAAAGCUGCUCCACGACGCAUGGAACUUGGCGUACGCGGGUGAUCUUAGCUUCGGUACCGCCUUCAACAUGACGCUCUUCAUGAAGUACGAGCGUAACCAUCUGGUGUGGAAUCCCGUAUUCACGCUGAUCGACCACAUCGGUCGCCACAUCGAUAUGUCUGCCGUGCACAAAAAGUUCGAGAUGUACGUCCGCACCCUGCUGACGCCACUGUACGAGGAGCUGGUUAUCAACCAGCAGGAAAACGAAGAGAUGUGGAAGGCAAACUUACGCUCGUUGGCCAAAAAUUUCCUCUGCCGUGCCGGGUACAAACCCUGCAUCGAGGAAGCGCAACGAGCGUUCAAGAAGUGGAUGGACAGUCCGGAUCCAGAUGCAGGCAAUCCUGUUGCCAACCAGUACAUAUGUCCAGUGUUUAAAUGGGGUACGCGCGAAGAGUGGGAGUUCGGACUGCAGCGCGUCAUCAAUUUCCCGGAGUCGCGCGUUAAGAGUGAGCGCACGUACCUGCUCAAAACGCUCGCCGGCUGCCCUAGCCAACCGUUCAAGAUUGAUCGCCUGCUGAACAUUAUGGUACUGGAAGAUAAUGGUAACUUCACCGACAACGAUAUCAGCCUCAUCUUCAAGAUGCUUUCCGGUGGUUCGAGUGGCUACUCGACGCUGUUUAACUUCCUCAAGAAUAAUUGGGAUGCAAUCAAACUACGAUUCAAGGAUCGAGAAUCGCUGUGGGACAAUAUGAUCAACUCCGCCACUGGAUUGUUCACCACGCAGGAAGGCUACGAUAUGGUGUCGCAGCUGUACGUGCAGCACCAAGGCGAGUUUGGUACGGCGGAACACAUCAUCGAGAAGUCGUUGAAAAACAUCAAGGAAGAAACGAAAUGGAGCGACGAAAAUUUGCCAGUCAUAGAGAAGUGGCUCGACAGCUUCCUCGCCAGCAACGGUGUAGCGGAUCAGAAGUUUCUUGGCUGA